AUGGCGGCAGAUCCCGCUUUGAGCCGCAUGCUGCAGGCCGCUAGCUAUGGCCUUUGUUACAACAAACCGUAUAGGAUGGAAAAGAUCCCUUUGGGAUACAUUCAGCAGGUAUGCCACACGGUACUGGAGUCAGGUCUGCAGUUGUCAGGACAAAGAAACUUCACAGCUCAGAGCCCACUGAUGUAUGAGUGGUACCAAGAGUAUUAUGUUGACCCUGCCCAUGGCCUUGCAGGGAUAUACUACUACUUAAUGAAGCCUGAAUGCAACCUUGGUAGUGAUAAGCUGUUGACCUUUGUGCGACCCAGUUUGGACUAUUUCAGCCAUCUCAAGUUCCAGACUG